AUGGACUGUGAAAAAUGUGGCCGUCCAAUGAAAUUUCUCAAAGAAAAGCUGUUAUUUAAAUGCGGCAAAAAAAAUUGUAGAAAAAGUGUAGCAGCGAGAAAGGGUACGUUUUUUGCUGCCCACCAUCUCCCUCUUGGUGAGAUUCUUUAUAUGAGUUACUUGUGGUUGUUGAAGUCUCCAGUAACCUCAAUAAAGAUUCAGUGUGAGCUGAGCAAUAAGACCGUUUCCUCAUUUUUGGUCUAUUUUCGGCAACUAGUGGCAGAUGCUCUUGAUGAAGUCGAUUGUGUGGUCGGUGGAAAAGGCAUAAUUGUCGAAAUAGAUGAAACCAAAAUGGGGAAGCGGAAAUACAACUGGGGACACUGUGUAGAUAAAGUCUGGGUUGUUGACGGUGUGGAAAGGACGGAGGAGAGACGCGUUUUCGCUGUUCCUGUUGAAAAACGGGACAGUGAAACGCUUCUUGACGUCAUCAAGAAGCACGUCGCCCCAGGCUCGAUCAUUCACACUGAUCUUUGGCGAGGGUACAAUGGAAUUGAGAAGAAAUUGGGUCUGAAGCAUCAUACAGUAAACCAUAGUGUAAGCUUCAAGGAUCCAAUAACUGGUAUUCACACAAAUACCAUAGAGGGAACAUGGAACGGCUUCAAACUGCAAAUCCCAUCUCGAGGAAGAACAGUGAAAGGAAUGAAGGAGCGACUGUGGGAGUUUGCCUGGCGGCGGGCAAAUGAAAAAAACUUAUGGGACGGCUUUCUCAACGCCUUAAGAGAAGUCGUUUAUGAAUAA